GCAUGUCUGCCACCCUCGCAGUGACAGCAGCUCUUCCCCAUCCCCUCCCCCAACGAGGAACUCAGCCCCGCUUCCUUCCUGGGAGCCCGCUGGUUGUUGUCGCUGUUUCCUCUGCCGACGAAGCCCUCACCCCUAUCCGCGCUCCAUCCGCCCGCCCCGAGCGGCUCGCACCGGCUCGAGGCGGCCGAGCGCGGCGCACCGCCCGCAACGCAACCAGGGCUCCCCGCUCACUCCCUGCGGGCGGCGCCUCCCUGCGUCCGUCGCAGCCGCGCAGAGGCGGAAGCGGCGGCGCCGAGGCCGGGCGGCGGCGGCGGCGGCGGUGGCGGCGGGAGGUGCUGAAGAUGGCAGGUAGCUCGGCUCCUUGGAUCGGCAGUGCUUACCUCUUCCUCCAGUCAACAUGCAAGACUAUCAUUCUGCCAAAUCUCUAUGAAAGCGCCCAGAAGAAGCCCUGCGUGUUCAAGGCACUGAAGCUGGCAUUAGCAGACUCCACCGGCAGCGUGAAUGGUGUGGACAUGCUCAAAGUGCACUGCAGCCACCCACACCUGAUAGUCCAGCUCAAAUUCUGCAAGCAGGAGAACUGCCGCCGCUUCCUGCAGAGUUACCGGGAAGGAUUGCUCCAGAAGUCCCUCCAGAACCACCUCCAGCUCUCCUUGGCCAUGACCACGGUGCCUCUAGAAAUGGAGCUGAAGGCUGGCAAUGAGCACCUGGACAACAUGCUGAAGGAUGAGGAUCGCUGCCUGGAGUGCAUAUACAGAGAAAAGCCUGACCGCCUGCGGGACGAGGAGAUCACAGAGCUGGAGGAACGGCUCAAAAGCCUGAUUCUUCACCAGAACAUCAACAACAACAUGCCUUCCAAGGACUGCAUGUCACUGAACUCCCCUUCUCUACCUUCUCAAGGCAGCUCCCCUUCCCCACAAGUCACAUUUCUUUUUCAGGGACAGCAGUUUGACAACAGAACGCUCACACCAGAUGACCACCAGAAAUUUGCCAAGCUUGUGUCCAAGAAGUGGAAGCAAGUGGGUCGCUCCUUGCAGAAGAACUGCCGGGCCCUGCGAGAUCCUGUCAUUGAUAACCUGGCCCACGAAUAUGACAGAGACGGACUUUAUGAACAAGCCUAUCAGAUGCUUCUUCGAUUUAUCCAGUCGGAGGGGAAGAAGGCAACGAUAGCACGACUGAUUGCAGCCCUGGAAGAAAAUGGUCUCACCAGCUUGUCUGAGGAGCUCUUGGGCCUCCAUUCCAAUGAGGAUGACUCCUAGAGCCCAAAGGGUGGUGGCAUUGCUGAGGGCUUUCUUGCUUUAGUUAGUGUAUGAGACUGCUGCCAGCGUCUGGGAAUGUAAUGCCUUGAAAAUCACUGCAGGUUUAUGUGCUGAAGGGAGUGCCCUGGGCAGUUUCUGUGCUCCCAGAAGCCAACAUGGGGCUCUGAUGUUCCUUAUUUCUUUCUGUUUCCAGAAGUUGAUGUUACUUUCCUGUGAACCACUAAGACAGGCUGACUUCCUUCAGGACUGAAAUGUCACAGAGAAGCAGCCAGGCAAGUUAAUGAGCCCUGGGGAAGGUGGGAAGACGUGAAAAGCAAGGAAGGCAUCUCAGAGAAUUCCCCUGGGAAGCAAAGCCAGUGUUUCUCAGAUGUGACCCAGGGGCCAUUACCUGGAGAACUGCAGUAUAUUGUCUCAUAUUGACAUGUAUGCCUUCAGGCUUGAAACUAUGUAAAGACAACGGAAAAGUCAAGUUUAUAAUGUUUUCUUUGUUCUUCAAAUGAGGACCAUCUGCAGCAAGUACACCUGUCCUGCUCUACCCCGGUGUAGUUCCUUCCCACAUCUUACCAUGUGCCACUGCCUUUACCAAAGGCAGUCAUCAUCUUCCACAGGGCACAAGAUUGCUGCUGUAGAAGACUUCAGGCACUGAACAAACAGUGUGGAUAAGCACAAAUUCAGAGCUCUUUCAGGACUAUGGUGUACUGACUGUAUGUAUUGACUGCCUCAUGUCUAGCACUUCUCCCAGCCUGGAGGAGUUUGUGAAAGGAAAAACACAGUGCUGCAAGAAUAAUAUACAGCCUUAGAGUCAGCAAAUUGCCUAUAGGUCACUGAUUGAACCUGCUGCUGUAUGGUGCAUUGCAGCAUCAAAUACCAGCCAGACCCCGCCGAGCAAGCCUCUCCAACCAGCUGGCUGCCAGUGCCUUCGCUCAACCUGUCCUUGGCCUGCUGAGUUCACCAGGGAUGUGUCAGGAUCUGCACAGAGCCUUUCCAAUGACAGCAGUGUUGUUGCUGUGUGACACUUGGGCAUCAGAUCCCAUGCCUGGACCUACCUGCCUUGCUUUUGAGGGCAAAAUAUUGCUUACAAGAGAAAGUACCCAAAACUCAGGGCUGAUUCCUGCUUUCAGUUCCAGUGGGAUGGGCCUGCUGUCUCUUGGUGUGUUGAUGCAGGCUGCGACAGAGCAGAGCUUAUACCUUUACCUAUACCAAAGCACAGAGCAACAAGUUUCUAGCACAGCACAGGUCCCAUGAAGCACAACAACCAGUUUUGACAUAUUCCUUAUUUUUUACUGAUACUUUUUUACUUAGGUGUUAAUUCACUUCCUUUUUGACCUUCCCAUCCAUGGGCAGGAACAGCUGGUGGUCUUGGAAGUUAAGUCAGACAGAGAAGAAUGUUUUCUGUGUCCUGUCCUCUCCCUUCCAGCAGUACCAGCGCUCUCCCCAAAAGAAAAUGAGUAUCUCUGCCACGUUUCCUUUUGGGACCAGCACAGUGAUGCUGGUCUUUGUUAGUUUGGGCUGCAGUGGGACUGUACUUGGGAGCAUUUAGCUUUCCCUGGCUGGGGAACUCUGGCAGCAGCCCACCUGGCCAAUGGUUCUAAAAAAAAAAGUCAGAAACUUGAAAGUUGCUGUAAGAGCAACAGUGUUUGCUCUUUAUUUUGCAGCAAAUGGCUUUUCAGAAAACACGACCUAUGCACGGUGUGCUGCCUCAUUGGUAGUGAAUAUUUCUAAGUUCUCAGCCUACCGGUAUUCAUUGCUCAGUGUUCAUACCAUUAUAAGGCAGUGGCUUAUUGGUGUAUAAAAGCUUUUAUAUCAUCUCUUAGCACUCAAAAUGAGAAAAGCUCAUUCUUUGGCAUCGACUUUAAGUACAAAAACUCUCUUUGCUGUUAUUAUGGAGCACUGAGCAUGAAUGCUUUUUUCUUUUUUUUUUUUUUUUAUAAUGCAAACCUUGUGCGUUUUAUUCCUCUGCUAGCAAUUGGCCUGUGUGUCUCCUCUUACUCACAGAUUCCCUCCCUAACGUGCCAUUAAGUGCUGGAGCUCCUGGCUCCUUCUUUUCAGAAAUCAGGUACCAGUAGUUGUAUAUUAUGUGCAAUGCACAUUUGAUUCUGGUCUCAAGCAGACUCCUGCCUGCUAAAAGAGUUGUUUUUUUUCUGUGUCAUUUGGCACAAACACAGAUAGAGGCAAUUUUCACAGAUGCCUUGUGAGGAAAUAGACGAAUUAUAGGAUGUGAGAACCCAGUGUCCUUUGCAUUGAAUUGACACGUGGUUAGGGCAUGACUCCAGACUUACUUGGGCCUGUUUUAUCCAGAAGAUUUUACAGCUGUUGUGCACCAGCAUGCCAGGACAAGGGGACUUGCAGCACACAGGACAGGAAGAAGCACUCGCAACAAAAAACAUUAGCAGAGGUUUAUGGAAGAAAUCAGAGUCUUUACCUCUGAUAGCAAUGCAGUGAGUGAAACCAGAGGAAGAAUUACAGGUUGGGGAUACUUGCUGGAAAGCAGACACUCAGUGCUGGAUGCUGGCUUUCUUCUUUUCCUGGGCAAAGCUGUUGCACACUGCCCCUACUCAGGUGCCAAGACAUGCAGGUGAGCCCCUUAGUGCUCCUUACACUGAUCAGCUGAAUCUAGUGUGUGAGAUGGGCUGAGAGCAAAGCUGCAGCUGGACUGGGCUGCAUCCCUUGGCAGCUCUUCCCUAUGUGUAGAUACGCCUGAAAAAAAUGCUGCUGGGGGAGGCCAUCAAACAUGCAUCAAACCAGCAAGCGCUAUUAAAAGCAAAUGAAGAUAGUUGUCAGUUCUGUGUAAAAAAUGAAAUGAGAGACAAAAAAUAAACAGCAUGAAACGAGGCCAAAACAUGCGUCCAGGGCAGGAUCCAAGAGGGCUUUUGUUGUGGUGCAGACCGUUUCUGUGGUUUUUAGCAGUGUUUCAGAUUUGAAGGAGGCUCCUUUCAGUCUGCCAGAAGGAAUAAAAACGCAUCCAAAGGAGGAUUUGAGCGAGUUGUUUUGGCACAGUGGAGCUACAGCUGGGCAGCGAGAGAGAGUUGAAGUCAAAGUGCGCAGACUUUCACAUGAGGUUGCUCAGAAGGUAAACAGAGGGAGACACUCAGGUGUAAAAUGGGAACAAAGGAAAGCAUCAAACUUGCCCUGCAGGACGGAGCCAUCCAAAGGCCGGCCUUGGGCCUCUUGGAUGAUGGUGAGGAAUACACCAUAGAUUUUAACAUGCUGAAAAAGACUGUGAUCAUCCCAGCUGAUCAGUCGAAGCGGGGCAGGGAAGGUGCUUUCUGCCGGCUUUAGUUCUCACAAGCUGCAGCUGCCUAUGGGCGAGCAGACGCAAAAAGGACAGGGCUUUGGUGUUAGUGAUUGGAACCGCUGCAAAACCGUGAGCCAGAUUGAAAAGAAAUAAUAAAAUUCACUUCCAGUUUUUCACAGCAAGUCAAAUUAAGAGCAAAUGCCAAUUGACCGCUUGCAGCAGCACUUUCCAGGGCUCCACACACUUGCAGAGGCAGAUACGUGGAUUAUUUUUAAUGCAGAAUGGGAAGCUCCUGUCUGAGCACUGCGGGUUGCAGAGCUUCAGGUUGCAGAGCCCCCAGCUAAAAUGGUUUCCUGAAGUUUCGCAGCAAGUCUCAGUACUGUAUCUGUUUCACAACCUGGGGGAAACCGCAGCAGAAAAUGUCAAGAUCUGGACAACAUUAAGAUCAAGAGGUGUGUAGGGUGAGGGAAACCACUUGCUUGGGGAAGUUGUAGGUGCCUGGAGAGGAAGCUGCUCUGGCAAAAGGUCUUCUCCUCGUGUGACAAAAUUGUGGGUUUUUUUCCCUUUUUGCUAUCCGUUGAAAAAUCUGCUUCAGGACUGAGGAGACAUCCUCAGAGGGUCAGCUCUGCCUUUCAGACAUACCUCAGAGCAGGAAACCAAUGUGGCACACAAGGCACUGAGGGGCCCCAGACUCACUUGUUGAGUUUAGCUGAAACUUCACAUGUAGCUACGAACCUCUGGCAUUGCACGUCUGAAUCCAAGGCAGUACUGGAAUGGGGAUGGAGAAGGUUUCUUCAGUCUGACCAACACAGCAGGGUGGGUGAGUGGGCGUGAUGAGGUGCUCUGCUUCCCACAGCUGAGUCUGGCCACUUGGCUUUGGCACAGCAAUGGAUCCAAUUUGUAAGGCCUGAAGUAAAAAAAUUGCAGUAAAAUGAAGUAAUUUUUUUUUUCUUCUCUGGAUUUGACUGAGUUUGAACUUUUAAAGCCAGUGAAGGAGUUUGACUAAUUUAAAUCAGUUGGAGAUCUGUGGUCAAGUCCCUUAGUCAUCAGUGGAAAAAUCCCUUGCUGACCUUCUACUUCCAAAUUUCCACACUAUGCAGCAUCAGAUUGGGAUCAGCAUCUGCAGCUGUGGGCUGCAAAACCACGCAUACUCAGGUCUGGGACAUUCAGCCUAUAUGUAUUGUCUUCUAUAGGAGGAAAAAAAGAAAA